GUCCACUUAAUACUGGUGCUCAUCUGACGGGAAUGCCCUAAUUUCAUCCUAUCCCCGGAAAAUGUCAACGUGGAAGAUCUUCUCCGACACCGGGAAUAAUUUUCGCUGGGAGCCAUCCGGUCAAAUCAUCCACCGCAGGCCCUUACAUGGACCAAACAACCCCCCGAUUCAACCUCGCUGCUCUACUCCUCGUCUCCCUUCCAUGGCCGAUGUCCUACGUCAAGGUCUCUCUCUCUCUCUCUCUCAUUAUAUGUGCCGCAUUACAAUAUUCUUGUUUUUGAUGUACGUAUCUGGUGUGAUCUGCUUUGUAGAAUGUUCGCCGCUUCUAGAAAACGGCGAAGAGGAUAUCGAGCAUGCUCCGAUGUUCCGCACAGGAUUAGGGAAUUCGGUUGCAUUGAAACAAUCUUCGAUUGCGAAAGCGUUGUCUAUUCUUGAAGACAAUGACAAUGCUAUCAGCUCUGGUGAAACGCAUUCUACAGACAAUGAUUGUGGAUUCAACAACUCCCUGUUCUGUACAGGGUCAGGGAAAUCAGUCAAUGUCUCUUCUGCUGGUCUUUUCAGAGCCAAGGCAUUAUUAGGCUUGGAAAAUAAUAAUGAUGUCUCCAUUUCUCAAGUCUUUCAACAUCCAAGGAAAUCAUCUAAUUCUAAUGCCACUGAAGAACAUGAGUGGCAGGGUUUAUCACAUUUGAGGAUGAAAGAGAGUACGAAAAAUAGUUCCAUGGAGUCAGUACCAAGGCCAUCUUUAAUUUCUAAGGCUAGUUCAAUUGGAAGCAAAUUAUCAAAUGUGGUUAAUCAAAACUUGUUGCAACCUGAGCUGCAUAAUUCUAUUUCCAAGCCGCCUCCCAUCAAAUUCCAUACUGCAGGUGGAAGAUCCUUAUCUGUUUCUAGUGAUGCAUUGGAACGUGCAAAGAGUCUUCUUGGUGACCCGGACUUUGGUGCUUUGUUAAAUGAAGAAGACGUAGUUGAUCCAGCCCUUUCUGUUUACAAAGAGAGUAGGUUCAAUGAUGCUUCAUCCACAAAGGAAACAGAUUUUCGCGCUUUUACUUAUCCGGGGACUGCAAAAAGCAAGCAAAUCUCAAAAAUUUUCACAUCCCCUAUGAGGUUAUCUACAAAACACAUCCAGUCAUCCUUAAAUUCAGAAAACAUUGUUUCAGGAAUUAGCUUGAUAAAGAAAUUUGAUGCAGUUGAUGACGACAAAUUUUAUAGGUUGGAUAAUACUUCCCCUUUCCCUCAGAGGCCCUUAAGCAACGGGUCUAGUAAAACUGAUAUGGUAGAAGAUAAGUCCUUGGAAAUUUGUGACGUUUCAAGGAUUAAUCAAAAUGUAAGGUCAUCUAGGGGGCCAUUGGUUGACAUCUCAAAUACCAUUGGCACAGUUUACACAAAUAAUGAGAAGAGGAGAUUUGGAAGGGGAUCAUCAACAUCUCCAUUCAAGAGGCCCCGUAGCUCCAAAUUUACCACCCCUUUGAACAGGAAUGUCUCAUAUGCUCCUAGUGGUUUAUCUGCUUCAUCUUCUGAAAAUUCUUGCUGCAGAAGAAUGAUUUCCACUAGAUAUCCUUUUCAGAUUCCAAGAAUGUAUAUGAAGGAGUAUUUUGGAGUGCCUUCCUCAGACAAAGGCUUGUUGGAGCACUUGGCGGAUGAAGUAAGAAGGAUCAAACCAGAAACUGCAGAAAAAUACACAUUUUGUGAUGAAUCUGGCCUGAAUUACAUUGGAGGAGAAGCUUUCUACCACAUGUUGGUUCAAUCAGGAGCUUCAGUACAAUAUGCUUCUAAACAGUGGAUUGCAAAUCACUACAAGUGGAUAGUUUGGAAACUCGCAUGUUAUGAGAGAUGCUACCCCUUGAAAUCUGCCACAAGGUUUUUAACAGUUACCAAUGUGCUUGAAGAGCUGAAGUAUAGAUAUGAAAGAGAAGUGAACCAUGGCCACCGCUCUGCAAUUAAGAGAAUUCUGGAAGGAGAUGCAUCUCCUUCUUCAAUGUUGGUCCUGUGCAUUUCAGCUAUCUGCAUUAGUUGUGAACCAAAGAUUGAGAAUGUAGCAGUAAAUGGAGGUGAAUGUACUAGUGGUGCAAAAGUGGAACUAACAGAUGGGUGGUAUUCAAUAGAAUCUCUUUUGGAUGUACCAUUGUCAAAGCAACUUGCCGCAGGAAAACUGUUUGUGGGGCAGAAACUUCGAAUAUGGGGAGCUGGAUUAUGUGGCUGGGUUGGCCCUGUUUCACCUCUUGAGGCACCGAGGACAGUUAGCUUGUCGUUGCACAUUAAUGGAACUUACAGAGCUCACUGGUCUGACCGAUUAGGAUUUUGCAAGGAUGCUGGUCCUCCUUUGGCAUUUAGGUGCAUCAAAAGUAAUGGGGGUCUCGUCCCUCGGACAUUAGUUGGAGUCGCAAGAAUAUACCCUGUCCUGUACAAGGAAAAAUUUAUUACCGGUGGAUCAAUUGUGAGAACAGAGAGAAUGGAGGCUAAAACUCUGCAAUCAUACAACCAGAGGCAUUCUGCUGUUGUAGAAGGCAUCGUUUCUGAGUACCAAAGAGGGAUGAAAGGGUCUUACAUCUGUAAUGACAGUGAUAGUGAAGAAGGAGCUAAAAUUUUGAAGAUACUCGAGACAGCAGCAGAACCGGAAGUUAUAAUGGCAGAGAUGAGUCCAGAGCAGCUAACUUCAUUUGCCUCUUACCAAGCAAAACUAGAGGCAAUAAAGCAAUUGGACAUGGAGAAGGCAGUUAAGAAAGCUCUGCAAGAUGCUGGCUUAGCGGAGAGAGAUGUGACCCCAUUUAUGAGGGUUAGAGUGGUUGGGUUAACUAAUUAUCAAGACAAGUGCUUUCCUAAAGAGGGCCUGAUAACCAUUUGGAACCCAACAGAGAAGCAGCAAAAUGAGCUGGUUGAGGGACAGGCCUAUGCUGUAGAAGGACUGUCACCUGUGAACUCUGACUCGAAUACACUAUACUUACAAGCAAGAGGAUCUACAACCAAAUGGCGACCCUUAUCUCCCUUCACAGUCCAACGCUACCAGCCCUUUUUCAGUUCUCGAGUGUCUGUAUUAUUGUCAAAUUUGGGUGAAGUUCCUCUUUCCAGUGAAUUUGAUACAGCUGCAUAUGUUGUGCAUGUGGGAGAGGUUUAUACAACUGCACAGUGGAAGAGACAGUGGGUGUUUGUUACUGAUAGCUCCAUUUCCACCUUAGAUUUGGAGGAAAUGUCAAAUUCUUUACUUGCCAUCAGCUUCUGCUCACCAUAUAUAGAUGGUGACUCAUUCACACCAAUCAACUAUAAUCUUGCAGGAUCCACAGUCAGCUUCAUUAAUCUCAUUAAGAAGGCAAAGGACCAAAUAAAUAACCUCUGGAUUGCAGAAGCAACAGAAAAUUCAAUUUAUUCUUUAAGUUUUGAUUCUCCAAAUUGUUCUCACCUUAAAAAUGCUGCUGCUUCUGCACAAAGCUGGGCAAAAACUUCUAGCUUGGCUAUUGAUAAACUCAAAGAGAAAGUUCUACAUAUUAUUGGCGAUCAUAAAGGCUAGAAGUUGAUGGUCCUAUUGGACUGACAAGUAAGCUUCUUUAUGUGCCAAUCCAAUCGACAUAUUAUCAGUCUCUUCAUUAUAGGCAGCACUGGAAGUGUUUGAAGUUCACCUAUGCCAGUGUGUGAAUGCGUGUGAGAUAUUGGACCAACAAACUGAUGUUUCUAUUCAAAAUAUAUGCUUCUGUUGAAGUUCCUAAGCUAGUUCAAAAUGUCAUCACAAAUCAAUUACGGGAUGUAUACUUGAUCGUAGAUAUUGAACAACAUGCAGAAAAGGGCGUGGGAUGCUGCUAGUAGCAGUUGUGACAAGCACAUCCAUAUGAAUGCUUGACCAGCAUUUCACAUAUUUAUUGGUAACUGUUUUCUGAACGAGUCAUCAGCUUAUUUCACUUUCUUAUCAUUCCUGUAAUUAUGACAAUCUCCUUGCAGGUUUUCGCUCCUCCACCGUUAUUUGGUUGAAGCAUGUAGAUAAAGACAUUUACAUCGAUUUCAAACCAUCAAGCACUUCACUGGCAUGGGCGUAUUCCAGUUUAGGAACUCAAACCAUGUAAUUGCUGCAGCAUAAUGUAGCUGUGCAAUGUGGUCCUUUUGAUCCCGCUCACCAUUUGCAGGGAAGGGCUUGAGAAUGGCAUGUGGGAGUUGUAGAUAUUUGGCAAAUGAUUAAGAACCAGUAGUGUUUAAGUGUUCACAGCGUCACUAAAAUAUGUAAAUAUCGAGGUCCUCAAAAUAUAUGGAAAUUUUAAAGAAAAUCUCUUC